UUUAAAAAAUGCCCGACAAGAAGAAAUCAAAGUCAAAAAAGAAGUCACCUUCGAAAAAGGAUAAAAAAUCGAAAAGUAAGCAAGCACAGCAGUUGGAAAAACUAGCACAAAUAUGCCGUGGAAUUGCGGUGUUCGACCUGCUCCAUGCUCUAUACUUUACCGUGCAGACCAUCAUCGAUCUGGUCCAGCAGUUCAGCGCUGUUGGUUUGCUGGCUUUGGUGGGUGUGGGGUUCUGGGUGGUGGUUGUCCUUUUGUUGAUUGUGGGCCUGUGGAAGAGGCGGCCAAACCUGGUUCGAUAUUGGCUAUUAUUUUCUAUGUCUGGCUUUAUAGUGGAUAUAUUGUUUCUGCUUUGGGGCCUGGCUACUUCCAUAACUGUGGAUUGGGAUCGUCUAGAGGAGUUUGUGAUCAUCUUUAUAGGCAUUUUCAUUGAAAGUGCCAGCAUUUAUGUGAUAUAUCGCUAUUAUAAAAUAAUCAACACCAAAGGCAAAAAAUUAUGCUGCAACAAAAGCAGCGAUAAAAAAUCCCCUAAAAAGGGUAAAAAGGAUGGCAAAAAGAAGUCCAGGAAAAAGUAGAAAAACCUUUUCAAAAUAUGA